AACCGGGGGCCUAAGUAUAAAUAAGUAAACUAUCAAAAAACAUUACGGGGUGCAAAUAACAACCACCAUGACGUCGUAUAUAAUGAAAUCUUGGCUACUGCAGGCUACUACUAAUUUAUCGACAUUCCUUAUUGUCUAUAUUGUCACUUUUCCUAUAAUCUACUUGGAAAUUCGUUAUAACAGCUACUGAAUAUAAACGUAUGUAAAUACAGGAAAGAGUCAAGCGGGGGCCUAAGUAAACUAUCAAAAAACAUUACGGGGUGCAAAUAACAACGAUCAUGACGUCGUAUAUAAUGAAAUCUUAGCUACUGCAGGCUUCUACUAAUUUAUCGACAUUCCUUAUCAACAUACCUAUAAUAUUGUCGUUUUCCCUAUAACUACGUGGAAAUUCGUAAUAACAGCUACUGAAUGUAAACGUAUGUAAAUAUGGGAAAAAGUCAACCGGGGGCCUAAGUAAACUAUCAAAAAACAUUACGGGGUGCAAAUAACAACGAUCAUGGCGUAUGUAAUGAAAUCUUGCAUCGGGAUUAGUCGUCCCGUGAUGCGGCGCGCGCCGGCGGCAGGCAAUCGAUGGCGGCAGGACGCGGCCCGACGCCAGCCCGACAGACCGACAGACGCCCCGAGACGCCGCGCCCGGCCACACGUCCCUCGCUCGCGCCGCCCUCGCCAGCUCAAUGUUUACUUGUCGGAACAGCUGACCGGCCGGAGGCGGUCCCAGAGGUGCAGGGUCGAGCGGGAGUGCGGUCGAUGCCCGAAGAGAAGAGAAGAGAAGAAAAUGCGUCGCCUUCUGUACGUAUACUGAAUGUAUCCUGAGUGUCUGAUUCUUUCCGGUAUACCUUCAGUAUACGUAACAGAAGAUGACACUUGCAACGUUCGAAGACCGCAGAAGACGAAGACGACGAAGAAGUUUCAUCUUCAUUCUUGCUGUUUUUCUAUUCUAAAUUGUUAUUGUGUUUUACCUACAUUGUAAAAAUGUUUACAGUAAAAUUACUUGAUUAUGUUUAAUUAAAUGUAGAUACAUUAUUUUACUGUAAGCAACUUUUACCAUGUAGGUAAUUAAUUGUGUAAUUCUAAUUUUAAUUAGUUAGUACCAGUCUAAUUGUAAUUGAAAUAUGACAAAAUUAAAGAUUAGUAUCUAUCUUUGUAAAUCCACAGUUGUAAAAAACUUUUACUGUUAUAUAACCUACAUAAUAAUAUUUACAUAAUUCGGUAUUUACAAAUAUUUAUAUAAGAUUUUUUAAUUAACGUUAGAUAGAUACAGAUAGGUAUAUCUUUGUAACAUUGUUAUUCUGCCCUAUAAUAAAGAAAAGUAUAGAUAAUACCUAUUACCCAAAAUAGUUUUACUUAACUACCUAUAUAAUUAAUACAUUAUGAUUUUUUUAAAUGACUUAAUGUGAGAAUUUUACUUACAAAUAAAA